GCGACGCUGGACACCCAGCUCGUGUCGGACUUGACUUCGCGGAGCAGGAGAUCUUGCAGCAUUUCCGAUUGGUCCAGGCCGUGAACAGCGUUGAGCCGAUUCAGCCGGGUGUCCCGGUCAUUCUGCCGCGCUCCUGGCAGGACAUGCAGGGGUUGUUGCGGAAGCUCGCCUACGAUCCCGGGACCGCUGAUCCGCGGCGACGGCUCGGCAUGGCCAUGUACGAGGGCCCAGAGCCCACGGCCUCGAGCAUCGCUGCCCGCGCCCGGUCGGCGCAGUUGCUGCUGGGGCUUGCGCAGCACGCUGGUUGGUCGGCCACGGACGCGCAGAACGUCAACGAGUUCAUCCUCGCGGUGACUGCCGCCGAGGCCCACUGCCUGGAGGAGCUGGGGCCGCUGCUGAGGGAGCGCCGGAAGCUCAAAGCCAGCAAGCUUCCGCUGCAGCGCGAGCUCGGCCCAGUGGUGUACACGCAGUGCUCCGACAUCUUGGGCGCGUUUGGCGACCUCUCGGCGGUCCCUGCACAGGUCGUCCGCGAGGGCCUGGAGUUGGCCACUUUGGCUGAGAAGGGCGACGACGUGCGAUUGUGGACUUCGCUGGCGGGACGGGCGGCCGUGCUGUGGGCACCAGAACAAACCAACGCCCUCACCCGCUGCCUCAAGAGGUUGCUCCGCAUGCCGCCAGAGGGCCGCCUAGUGACCGCCAUUUCCCUGAUGCCUGGCAUGUCCACGCCAGCGGGG